AUUUCCCCAUGCUCCUCAUAUUAUUUAAUGUAUAAAACGUAUCAGCGCCUUUUCUUUUUAUAGAGAAGGUAACUUUAUCUGGUCAAAACCUUGGAACGCCACUAUAUGCUUGUGACAUAAAGAGAGAGACUCUGUAUUAAAAGAGAGUUGGCAAAUCUUGGUGGUCAAUUGUUACGCAGUUUGAAGCUGCGCUUUCUUUCUCGGUUUCAGAACGCUGGAUAGCUCCUGUUGGCAAGCAGAGUUGUCAGAAUCGCUUUUCAUGGUCUGUGGGAAAACAGAUUGUCGGAAUAAAAGCAUGAAAAGUAAAAAACGGAAUCAACGGAGUGACGUGUAGGAGGCAAGAUUUUCAUACUAUUUUUUGCCGCGUUAAGAUCAUCCACGCGGUGUCAAUUUACAACUGAGAGAUGGACUUGGCAGAAAUUCUCUUUGCGCUGUUCAUUGUCGUUGUCAUGGUUGUAUCCUUGUUAUCGAACUUACUGGUCCUCCUAUGUUUUAUCUACAGCACCGAAAUCCGCAAACAAGUGGCAGGUAUUUUUAUUAUGAACUUAUCAUUUUGCAAUUUACUUAUUACUGUUUUGAACAUGCCAUCCACCUUGCUAGGGAUUGUCAAAAACCAACAGCCCUUUGGCGAGUUCAUCUGCCAAGCGGUAAGCUUUCUGGAUACUUUUUUGACUACAAACACUAUGCUAAGCAUGGCAGCGUUGAGUAUAGACAAAUGGAUUGCUGUGGUGUUUCCCCUGAGCUAUUCCACCAAAAUGAGAUACAAGGACGCAGUGAUCAUGAUGGGCUACUCGUGGAUCCACUCCCUUACCUUCUCCCUCGUCUCCCUGCUUUUUUCUUGGGUUGGCUACAACCACAUUUAUGCAUCCUGCACCUUAUAUUUAAAAGAAGAAAGAGAAAAGAGAAAGUUUACUGUACUCACCAUCGUUUUCCAUGCUACCAGUUUCAUGCUUUCUCUUCUAAUAUUGUGCUUCACGUACUUAAAGGUUUUAAAGGUAGCACGAUUUCAUUGCAAGAGGAUAGACAUCAUUACCAUGCAGACUCUGCUUUUGCUGGUUGAUAUUCACCCAAGUGUUAAACAGCGAUGUCUUGUGGAACAAAAAAGGAGAAGACAGCGGGCGACAAAAAAGAUCAGCAUCUUUAUCGGUUCUUUUAUUAUCUGCUUCGCCCCUUACGUUAUCACGAGGUUAAUAGAACUUCUUCCAUUUGUAACAAUUAACUACCACUGGGGAAUUAUAAGUAAGUGCCUCACAUACAGCAAGGCAGCAUCAGACCCCUUUGUGUAUUCCCUGCUGUGUCAACAGUACAAGAAGGUCUUGAUCAACAUCAUCAACAGGAUGCUUAAAAGGGAUUUGUAUCCUUCAUCGGGUCAUAACAGCUCUUUAGACACUGAGAAUGACUACUGCUUCCAGCGAGGGAACUGAAUAUACAAAGGUCUAUUGCAAGAGAUUACCUAUUUAAAUGCACUCUCAUUUGUUUCAGCGUUACACAAACUCAAAGAAAAGCCAAAGGCAACUUUUGAUUUCUCAUAUUAAAGCUUAUUUUACUGAAUGUACUGCCAGUUCGUCAAUAAAUUAAAAUGGAUGUAAUAAAUAAAAUGUAUUUGUAUUCCUACACUGCGGUUAUGUUUAUAACAUAUGGCUGUAUAUAAAGAUGUUUAUGUUAUAAUUUAUUUUGCACUGAAAUUUAUGACAAGAUUAUUUUUAUGUAUAUAUUUUUAUUUUAAAGUAUGAGGGAUUCUAGAGUCAGAACAAUGGAGUACAUCCAUACCCAACCUGGCCAAUUGUAUCCUAUGUCCCUUAGGGUGGCUUCCUUAUGUGGAUCAAAGCUAGACCAAAUUUAAGAUACCUAGCACAUAACCAUUGUCCUGUCUCUCUAUUUAUUUAUUUCCUUAUUUGUUUCAAAUGCUUUACCAAAUUAAAAACAUUGUUUUACAUUGCAUAGUUUUGUUUGUGAAAAAUUUUAGUAACUUAUAGACUGUUAGUUUGGUAACAUGAUUUUACUUGGGUUAAUUAUUGCCACAUACCUGUAUAUAGUAAUGCUUCUUAAUAAAACGAUUGGAAGUCAAACCAAUGGAUUUAAUUACCAAUGUGAUUUCUUGUGUACAUUUAAUGUGGUCCAAAAUCCA